GUAAAGCGUGAUGAUGUUUUGAAAACACUGAUGUGAAAUUGUCAUGCAUAAAUUAAAAAAAAACUUUUUGUUUACAAAGUUUGCUCUUGAAUAACAAAAUGUAGUUUUUGACAGUGUUGCUUCAUAAAUAAUUAGAGAAAUACACUACUAAUUAAAUUCGUUAUACAUUAAUGUAAACAAAACUUAGCUUCGAAGGAAAUGUAUUUUUGAGUUGAGGACACAUACAUAUAAUUAUUUCUAUUUUAUUACUGUUUCCUCCUAACUAUGACAGUUGGCACUGAUAUUUUAUUCGAAAACCAUACCAUCAAAGAAAUACAAGAGAUUGAGAAAAAACUUAGAAAUGAUAUUGAAAGAAAGAAAGAAGAACUUAGGCAGAUGGUUGGGGAACGUUAUCGAGACUUGAUGGAUGCUGCAGAUACAAUUACGGAAAUGAAAGAAAUUGCAGAAAGUGUUACAACAUGUGUUCGUUCUGUUGAAAUCAGGUCUACUGAUUUGCAGAAUGGAAGUUUGCGAAGGGGAAUUCUUAACACCAUUCAAAACAAAGUUGAUGAAAAGCGUAGGCAAAAUGAGUUGCUAUACACUGUUGCAUCUCAAAUAAAAAUUUUGAUGGACUCGCCCACUAAGAUCUGGUCAUAUAUAGAAGCUCAUGAUUUCAUUAGCGCAGUCUCUUUAUAUCUCUUAGCAAGGCACACGCACUCUCUCCUUGUAUUAGAUCCUGUUUAUCAAGACCAUAAAAUUGCUUCCCUGUUUCCUAUUAUCAAUAGACAAUGGACAUCAAUUAGUCAUCUAAAAUAUGUAUUGAUACAAAAUUGUUGCCGUGUGUUAGAAGCGGAAAACAUUGAACCAGAAAAUGCUAUUGGUCCUUUAUGCUGUAACUGUUUGUUAUCGAAUUCAUCACUUGAAGAUAUAGUUUUAGAAAUUUUGGCAGUUAGAAAGAAUGUUAUAAAAUCAGUAUUCCAUCCAGAAAAGUAUGCUAAAGAUCAAGUGUGUGAGUUUGUCACUGCUGUACAGAAGACUCUAAGCACUAUCUACAUUUUGUUUUACUGUUCUGACAAAGUUGAUACUGAUCAAGAUUAUCAAAUCAAUAUGUUGUACUCUACUUUAAAAAAAAUAACCAGCUCAAGUGAAUCAGGUCCUGUUAACUUGUUAGAUUUGAAAUCAAGUGAAGUCUUUAACUUUUUGCCUUCAUCUAUAACAGAUUAUCGCUCAUCUUUAAAAGAACCUUUUCAUCCAUGUAAUUCAGAAUUCCUCCAAAUCAAAUGCAAUCAGUGGUUGAAAGACAUCAAAGAAAAUUUUCAAAAAGAUCUGAUUAACUUGCUCAAUUUCGUCGGUUCAGUCAAGAGUGUUGCUAUGAUCAGGCAAUCUGUAAUUAAUCUUUCUUGUGAAAUACAGAUGAAAUUUUGGGAUAAAAUGUGCAGGAAUAUGUUAAAAAAAACAUUUUCUCUGUGGGAUUUCUUUCUGAAAGAUUGCUUCUUCCAAAGAGUAAAGGAUAUUAUUAAUGAAAAAAUUAAGACUGCCAAUGAAACCUGUCAAAGGAGUAUUGAAGAAACCAUGUGUAAGAUUUGUUCCGAAGCUGAGGAAUCUGAGUUUGCAUUUGAAAGAAAUGUCUCAUAUUUUAUUUGGUUCGAAAUGCCAAAUGAUACCUUAGAAAAUAUUGCUUGGAUUCCUCGACAUCAGAGAAAUUUCUGGGACAGUGGUGAGCUUAGUAUGAAAUCAAUGGGAUUCACUCCAAAAGUUCAGAGCAUUUGCAGAGAUUUAGACCAGCAGCUGCAAAAUGCUGUAGAGGAUGUAUCAACAUUUUCAGUUUAUCAGAAUGAAAUGGAUUAUGCUUCAGAACAAAUGUCUGAGAUUUCUCAUUCUCAGAAUCCUUACUCAAUGCACAUUAUGACUGGGUCAUCUGACACAUUUAAAUACUUGACAGAAGCUGUUGAAAAUCAAUUAUUUAAUUUAACUAGCUAUAUAGAAACAACGCUUCUGUAUGUGGGGCAAGACAAAAACAUUUCUGAAAACAGUUAUAGGAUUAUUUUUAUGGGUUAUCUAAGUCAAGCAAUCACAAAUCUAUGUCCACAUGUUAAUGUCUGUUUGUCUGCAGAUAAACUUUCUGAAACUUUCCAAAACCAAAACGUCCAAAAAUUGAAGCACAGUAUUAGUUCACUUAUUGUCAAAGAGAAUGAAUCUUGGAAAGAGCUAAAAAGCAAGUUUCUUCAAAUCAGCUGUUCUGCUUUUAGGCUAUGGAGUUCAGACCCCAUUAAUCAAGUAUUGAAUGCAGUUGAUGAAGAAUUAAUACCGUGUUCUGCAGAUGGUUUAUUGAAAGCACUUUUGCGCUGGGACAGAAUUGAAAUCCAGGAAGAAUCUGAACAAGGAAAAGCAGUUAGUUCUGUUUUAAGGAUACCACAACAUAUAUCUGUUCCAUUAUCUAAUGCGUUAUUUUCCUUCUGUUGUAAGUUAAAUACCAUUGGUGGCCAUUCAAUUAACAGUGAAGUUCGAUCUCACAUCAGCAAGCAACUGCUAUGUGGUCUUUUAGAAAUCUACAAGAGAAAAAUUCAUCAUCAGCCAGUGGAUGAAAAUUUCAACCCCAGGCUGUUGCAGGUUCAGUCCUUGCAAAUGUUGUUCGAUGUCCAAUUUCUUAUGGGACUAAUUGUUCACAAAGAUGGUACAAAUGAGCCCAAUAAUCAAAUAUCACAAGAAAUUAUCAACGAAGCUGUAUCCCAUGUCGACCCUUUUGACAUGGAUGUGUUUUCUGUGCCUCUACAACAAAAUUUGAAGAAAUCUCUACAAAAGUCAUUAGCACUGUUUGGAUUGAUUGCUUCUCCAGAUCAAAUCAGCUAUCUGAAUAGUAUCAAAGCCCCAUCAGUUAAUUCUCAAAUGGAGCACAAUGUAAUGCUAUCAAGCAACACUGGUAGUAGGUUUCCCCUUCUACCACUUUCCUCGAGAACAAAUGCAAUUUUCAGUGUUGCUGAUGACUCAGUACAGCCUGCUGCCAAAGAAACAGAAGCAAAGAUGCUCCCUUCCCAUAGUUCUAGUCCUAACCUAAGUGCUACCGAUACCCCUAUUAACACCUUGAAAUCAACAUCUUUUUAUGAAAAAGUUACUGCUAUGAGCAGUAGUUGGUUUGGAAAUUAAGAUGCAUUAAGAAUCUAUUACAUAGAACCACCAGAUUUUAUAUCUUUAUAUUCUGAAGAUAUUUCAAUGUAUGUGAAAUUAAGAAAUUGUUGAUUUAUUUUGUUGACUAUAUGUUAAUGAUAUUGUAAAUGAAGUUUUUCAAAAAACAAUUUUU